AUGAGAUCCCUUGAUGUUGAUUAUGUGUUGGUUGUUUUUGGUGGUGUUACUGGCUACUCUUCUGAUGACAUUAACAAAAAAGGAACCCGUUGGUCGCCUAUAGCUUUUAACAAAACCAAGAACAAACAUAUUCCAAAACCCAGCACCCACAGCAGGAGUAGCCCAAAGGAAAGAAGUGGUAAUUUCCAAUCCUCUUCUGUGACAAAAUUUAAACACUUGGUGGAGAAAAAAAAUUAUUCAAAUUUGUUGAGCAAUGUAGAGAUCUUGCUGGAUAUGAACCGGAUGUUAUCCUUUUUGUGUUUUUCCAAAAUUGAAGGUUUGGAGUUGUUGAUGGGUGUAAUUUACUUGGUGCCGAUGCACUUACAGAAUCUUAUGGAAGUUGUCAUGUGGCAUUGGUUCAUAGAGCCAAUCUUAGGUCUGAAAGAUAAGGAUAAAUUAGAAGAUAGUUUUCAUGAAGCUUUGGAAGAGAAGGUAAAUAAGUUGAAUUUGAAAGUUAUUAAAUAUACUCGCAGAAGGUGUUGCAAUAUUCGAGUCUCCCAUGUUGGCAGCCGUCAACAAAUUUUCAUAUUGGCAAAGUGGAUGGAGCCAAAAUCCAUAAAAGACAAAGAUGAAAGGAAAAGAAAACAGAAAUUCUCCGGGUAUUGGGAACAGAUGCAAGAAAUGCCAAAGCUUUUUAUAGGAGAGGUUGGACAUACAAAAGUUGAGGGAAACUUAAAGUUUUUGCUGACAAGAGAAAAAAAAAACGAACACAGCGCCAACGGAGGAAGAAGAGCAAUGUAUUUGCAAACUUGCAGGACAUCUUUUUUCCAUGUGCAUUCGUAUUAGUUUGAUUACACAUAUUUCCCUUUUUGUUGAUCAUAAUUGUUGAGGUUGGUGAUGCAGUUUUUAAGGUGCUUUCUAUCUCUGGAGAUACACUGUCUUAGUAGUGAAUAGUAGCGGAAAAAAUCAUCGCAUCCGACCCCCAAAAUACGGGGGUCCCCACCUAGUUCAAUUAAGUAAAUGUUAGGGAUUUGUUAAGUUACUUUAGUGCAACUCAUUAUUAAUUUACUAUAUAAACAUGAUUUUAUUGAUACAUAACGUAAGAAAAAUGUAUUUGGAAAUAUUAACAAGAUCAUUAAAAUAGUCUAAUUGUUGAAAAUGAUACACAAAUGUAUGUAUCACUUUAAACAAUUACACAAACAAAUAAAAAUAUUAUCUGCAUUUUCAAACCAAUACGAAUAUCGAAUAUCACUUAC